UAUGCCAUGUAAGAUGCCUGCAUUCCCUCAUGCACGGUUAUUUUCCUGAAAUAUUUUUGGUGGCUUGCAGGGUGAUCAAUGCAGGAAAAAGCACGCACAAUGAAGACCAGGGUUCCUGUGAAGUGGUGACUGUGAAGAAAAAAUCAAGCGCACCUAUCACACCAAGUAAGAAUUCCACACUCAAAAGGAGAUCGUCAUUACCAAACGGGGAGGGGUUACAGCUUAAAGACAAUUCAGAAUCAGAGGAGAUUACAUUUAACUACUGGGCACUGUUUGAUGGACAUGCGGGAGCUGGUGCUGCAGUGGUAGCCUCCAAGCUCCUCCACCACAAGAUAGCAGAGCAUCUUCAAGAGGUGGCUGGAAUCCUGAGAAACUCAGCAGUGCUUCCCCCAACCUGCCUCAAUGAUGAGCCCGAAGUGGUGAGCACUACAAGGACGUUAACCAGAGCUGCCUCGCUGCGAGGCUCGAUGGGGACUCCAGGGUCACCAAGCAGCCCUCCGACACGGUUCUUCAUUGAGAAGAAAAUUCCACAUGAGAGUUUGGUUAUUGGAGCAAUAGAGAAUGCUUUUAAAGAAAUGGACGUGCAAAUUGAACGUGAGAGAACCACGUACAGUAUCUCAGGUGGCUGCACUUCCUUGGUCGUGAUGUUUCUGAUGGGCAAGUUCUAUGUAGCAAAUGCUGGGGAUAGCAGGGCUAUUAUUGUUCGAAAUGGUGAAGUUAUUCCAAUGUCUUCAGAGUUCACACCAGAAACUGAACGUCAGAGGCUCCAAUACUUGGCCUGUUUGCAGCCACAUUUGUUAGGAAAUGAAUUCACUCACUUAGAAUUUUCCAGAAGAGUACAACGCAAAGAACUUGGGAAGAAAAUGCUCUUUCGCGAUUUUAACAUGACUGGCUGGGCAUACAAAGUUAUAGAAGAAGAUGACCUAAAAUUUCCCUUGGUAUAUGGGGAAGGAAAGAAGGCACGUGUGAUGGCGACCAUAGGUGUCACCCGAGGACUUGGAGAUCAUGAUCUGAAGGUUCACGAUUCUAAUAUCCAUAUAAAGCCCUUUCUGUCAUGCACUCCUGAGGUGCGAGUUUAUGAUAUCUCAGAGCAUGAUCAUGACGUAAAUGAUGUACUGGUUCUAGCUACUGAUGGACUAUGGGAUGUCCUAUCAAAUAAAGAAGUGGCUGAGGCCAUAACAAGCUUUCUGUCCAACUGUGAUCCCGAUGACCCACGCAGAUACACACUGGCAGCCCAGGACCUGGUGAUGAGAGCUAGAGGUGUCUUGAAGGACCGAGGAUGGAGGAUAUCAAAUGAUAGACUUGGUUCAGGUGAUGACAUCUCCAUGUACAUCAUUCCUCUCCUGCAUGGAAACAAGUUGACAUGAUAAUGACUGCAUCAUGCCAAGUGACUUACUGGUUAUUUGUUGCUGGCCCUGUAAUGAUACUGAAGGGAGGACGAUUUCCUUUGUUUUUUUACUUGUAGCAAAAAUCAUCAGUUUCACUACAAAUAAAAAACACGAGGAAAUCCUAUCCCAGUGGUGACCAGACAAUAAGAAGCAGAAGUCCCAGAACUGAUUCAAAUAUUCUUAUGAAAAGAAGGGGGUUUAAUAAAAUCGUAUAUUGGCAGAUUUUGCUUUCAGUUCAAAAUUCACAAACUUUAUCUUCUACUUUCAUUGUUAUAGUUGAUGUAAUUGUUUUUCCUGCAAUCAAAUAAAUAUAUCCUGUAUAAAUCAAAAAGGAAGGAUAUUUAUCAAAAAUUGUAAAGUCUUUAAAUAUUAAAAAUGUGUUAUAACUUAUAAAUUUUGGAAUUUUGAUGUAUAUUUUGCAAGUGCUGUAAUGCUAGUGAAGGAGAGAGAAAUUCUUCAUGCUGUGUUUUAGAGUUCUUCAUAUAAUCAAUAUGGCAAUCGUCUAACAGAAUUAUGCUGUCAUAAUGUAGUGAGUAUUGUUUUGGUUUUUUUAUGGCACUGUUUGAAGAUUAAAACUGGUUACCACAGUUUGUUUAAAAAAUGAUACAAGCCUCCAACUGUUAUACAUACUGGCAACUGCAGGGCAAGAUAUGUGAAUCUGCUGAUUAUUUUUGUAAAGUGAUUUUCUUUGGCUAUUGAGUAGACAUUGCCUAAGAUUAUCUACAGGCUUUUGUUAGUCUUUCUCUUUGUCAUGUUUGUCAUAUACUGCAUUCAACAUGAAUAGAUUUGUUGCACCUAUCUGUUUUUUGGUUUUACCACUGAUAGUAUAUGCUUGGCAAGUGUCAAAAUGCUGCCAAAAUCACCACACCAUCCCCAGGCCAAUCUCUCUCAGAAGCAGCAGUAACAGGCAAAAGUAUUUAUUCUACAUCAGUGCUAUUCAUCUCAUUGGAGUAUUUAAGGUUUGAGAUGAGCUUCACUGAAAUAUUUUGUAGAUGCCAAGGAAAAAACUAUUAAAAGAUUUUUUAAAUGUUUCAUUCAUUUCUGAAAGACUGAACUGUGGAACAUAUUUUUAUUGAAAAGCAAUGUUACAUUCAGGCAGGUUUGAAAUUUUCUUUGUGUUUGGAGUCUUAAAAGUAGUAUGUAAGAAGGCUGGAAUGAAGAUGCAAAUAACUAGUGUGAUGUUGUAUUUGACUGUUCAUGAAGGUGAUUUGUAAGAGGACAGUAAUAUUGCACUGUACAGUAAUUAAAUUUGCUUAAUGUUUAAA